AAUCAAAAUAAAAAUAACAAAAAAAAUAAAACAAUGGCAUCGUUGGUUUUUUUGGUGACUACAUUGGUUUUUGCUGGUACUUGUAGAGCUUACUACACGUCAAUCUUUAGCUUCGGAGAUUCCCUUACUGAUACCGGAAAUCUUAAUUUCAUUUCUCCACCACUGAGCCCUGAUUGUAUGCUUCCUCCUUUCGGUCAAACCCAUUUUCAUCAUCCUAAUGGACGCUGCUCCGAUGGCCGCCUCAUCAUUGAUUUCAUCGCUGAAUCUUUGGGGCUUUCCUAUGUGAAACCGUAUUUGGGUUUUAAAAAUGGUGAAGUUACUGGGAAUAUUGAAAAUGGAGUGAAUUUUGCGAUUGCUGGAGCUACUGCUUUGGAUUUAAGUUUCUUUGAAGAGAAAGGGUUUGUUGUUGAUGCUACUACAAAUUAUUCUCUCAGGUUUCAGAUUGAUUGGUUCAAGGAAUUGUUGCCUUCUAUAUGCAAUUCUUCUUCAACUGAAGGCUGCAAAGAUGUUCUUCACAGUUCCUUGUUUAUUGUGGGAGAGAUAGGAGGCAAUGAUUAUAGUUUUCCCUUGUUCGAAACAAAUGCAUUUGAAGAUCUUAUUACAUAUGUACCCCAAGUAAUAUCUGUAAUAACUUCAGCAAUCAAGGACUUAAUUGAUUUAGGGGCUGUAACAAUCUUGGUCCCUGGAAGUUUACCACUUGGAUGCAAUCCAGCCUUAUUAACAAAGUUUGCAACUAUUAAUGAAGAGGAAUAUGACCAAGCUGGCUGUUUGAAAUUGUUAAACAUGUUUUUUGAAUACCAUAAUGAGCUACUUCAAUUCGAACUAAAUAGGCUUCGAGUGUUGUAUCCUUUUACUAAUAUCAUCUAUGCUGAUUAUUUCAAUGCUGCAUUGCAGUUUUACAAAUCUCCAGAACAAUUCGGAUUUGAAAGAAAUGCUCUUCAAGUUUGUUGUGGAGGUGGAGGUCCUUACAAUUUCAAUGAUACAGCACUAUGUGGAAACUUAGAGGUGAUUGCAUGUGAUGAUACUUCAAAAUAUGUUAGCUGGGAUGGAUAUCAUUUGACUGAGGCUGCAUAUAGAUGGAUGGCCAUGAGUUUAUUAGAUGGACAAUACACCAUUCCUAAAUUUAGUUUAUCUUGUCUUACUAGUAACACCUCUGCAUAUUUUAUUAACUACACAAUGAAAUAAAAAUCAAUGGCACUAAUAAAGCUAGAAUCUGCAAUAUGCAUAUCCAAGAUUUGUCUUUCUUUCACUACAAAUACUGGAAUAUUCUAAUAUCCUUGGAAAAUGAAGAUACUAGUAUAUUCA